AUCAAUGAGAUAAAAUCACGUGAAAUUAUUUAUAUUAUUCUAAAUCAAUAAAUACAAGACCAAUUGUCAUUUCAGACCAUCCACUUCACUUCCCCCCUCUUGCGAAAACAAGAAAUCACAAGAACUUUAGACGUAACAACUCUUGUCUUCUCCUCAGUUCUGUUGCUGAAACCAAUCAGUUUUCUUGGUUUCUUUUGUUUCAUCUUUUUCUAGUCAUGGAGAACUUGUUAGGUUUGCUUAGAAUUCAUGUGACCAGAGGGAUCGACCUUGCUAUCAGAGAUAUCCGCAGCAGUGACCCUUAUGUUGUGGUCAAGAUGGGCAAACAGAAACUGAAGACUCGUGUUAUAAAGCAAAAUAUCAAUCCUGAGUGGAAUGAUGAUUUAACUCUUUCCGUUGUGGAUCCAAAUCUUCCAGUUUUGAUAAAAGUGUAUGACAAAGACACAUUCAGCUUAGAUGAUAAGAUGGGAGAUGCAGAAUUCGACAUCAGACAAUUCAUAGAAGUCGUAAAGAUGCAAUUGGAUAACCUCCCUAGUGGAACUAUUAUAAGAAAAAUUCAACCAACCAGGGAAAACUGCCUAGCUGAAGAGAGCUGCAUUGUCUGGGCUAAUGGCAAAGUGAUUCAAAACAUGUUUCUUAGACUUCGACAUGUGGAGAGUGGCGAGGUUGAACUCCAGUUAGAGUGGAUUGAUAUUCCUGGUUCAUGGGGCAUGUAGAUUGCCUAUCUGUAUGCUUUAUAUAGAGUACAGUUGAAGCUCAGAACACUAUAGUUCAGCCGUAAACAAGUUUCUAUGAUGGUAUUCAUGGUGAUUGAAUGUCAAUCACCAUGAUGUCGGCUACAUCUUUUGUAUUUGCUAAUCUGACUCUGCUAGAACUGUCGGCUUGUGCCAUUCUGAAUUUUUCUAGCAACACAUGGGAAAAUAAGGAAUUGCCUGAGCAUGUAGUGAAUGUUCUUCAAUGGAUUCUUUUGUAGCAUAAUGUACUAGCUCAUAUGGUUCAUGAAUAAAGCUAUUUGAGAC